AUGAUUCCAACUACUGGAGCACAACAGCCGCGACAUCGAGAGCGUGUCAGUGGGUACGCACUGUUUCCCGCCAGAUACCGAACGGGGUUCCUGGCGACUUGGUCGACGGUAACUCCUUCCUGUUGCACCGAUGCUAUCCAGGGCGAUACUGGCGAGUAUCGCGAAUACACGUCAGCUGUAAACGAGCACAGUGCCGACGAUACGCGUGGGGAUGCAGUGGACAGCUCUUUGCUACGCCAGCAAAGAACGGACCGAUUGCGUGCGUUCACAAUUAGGCGUCCGCUCGCUUCUGUGCGGAGUAAGCGCUUCGGUUGUGCAGUCGGUUCCAUGUAUCGAGAAACCCGUGCACGCUUCCCAGUUUCCCGAAACCAGCUCGAGAUCAGCGCGUUCCCCAAUCCGCAGAGUCGUAGCGUGGACACAGAGGACACGAGAUCCGAGGCGACGGUGAUGGAGAGGGAUGGGACGGCGCACACGAAAAGGCCAGUCGAAGAAGCGAGGCGCUUCGAAGGCGAAGAGAUCAUUGAGAGGUAG